AUGGCUUCCUCCUCGUCAUCGUCCCAAAAGCCCCCCCGCGUGCAGGUCAACAACCUCUCGUACACCUUCCCCGACUACUCGACGGGCGUCCGCAACAUCACGCUCGACCUGCCGCCGCGCUCGCGCACGCUGCUCAUCGGCGCCAACGGCGCGGGCAAGACGACGCUGCUGCGCCUCCUCGCGGGCAAGCGCCUCGCGCCCAGCAACACCAUCUCCAUCUGCGGCGUCGACCCCUUCAAGGAGAGCCUCGAGGGCGUCACCUACCUGGGGCUCGAGUGGGUGCUCAACCCCAUCGUCCGCAACGACAUUGGCGUCGUCGAGCUGCUGCGCUCCGUCGGCGGCGACGCCUACCCCCAGCGCCGCGACGAGCUCGUCGAGAUGCUCGACAUCGACACCAACUGGCGCAUGCACGCCGUGUCCGACGGCGAGCGCCGCAGGGUCCAGCUCGCCAUGGGCCUGCUCCGCCCCUGGACGGUGCUCUUCCUCGACGAGAUCACCGUCGACCUCGACGUCCUCAGCCGCGCCAGCUUCCUCGAGUGGCUCAAGCGCGAGACCGAGUCCCGCGAGUGCACCAUCGUCUACGCCACGCACAUCCUCGACAACCUCGCCGGCUGGCCCACCCACCUCGUCCACAUGCACCUCGGCACCGUCAAGGAGUGGGACGAGGCCGAGACGAUGCUCUCCUCCAUCGACGGCACCGUCGGCCACACCGGCAACAGCCGUCUCGGCGAGCUCGUCUUUGGCUGGCUCAAGCGCGACCUCAAGGAGCGCGGGCCCCGCAGCCAGGCCGGCCUCGGCUCCGAGGGCAAGACGUACGGCUUUGGCGGCAUCAAGAUUGGCGGCUACGGCGACGAGUCGAAGCAGUCCGAGGUGUAG